AUGGAAACUCUCCUGCCGCCACCCACUUUGACACCCCUUUUCACCCUCCGGUGUGCGGUUGAGCCGCCCAUCGAGAUCGGCCAUGGCCCCUACGGUCGGCGGCGCUGUAUUCCAAUCAUGUCGGGCUCAGUGGGCGGGAACUAUAUCAACGGCGAGGGGAUGCCCGGAGGUGCUGAUUUCAUGUUGGUGGAGAAUAAUCAAACAGUCCAUGUGGAUACAAACUACGUGAUCAAGAGUGAUGACGGGGCUUUUCUGUACAUCCGCGGGCCCCCGGAAGUGCUGCAGGCCUUGAUGGAAGGCGGACCUGUCGACUCCAGCCAGUAUUGGUUCCAUCUCCAUGUAAAGAUCGAGACAGGUCACGAUAAGUACAAGUGGAUGAACAACCGGGUAAUUGUUGGUCGGGCGACCAGAACCACAGGAGAAGUCGCUUAUGACGCAUAUUUUUUGAACAAUGACCCUUAG